AUUUUAUCUCAAAAACCAUACAAACCUUGUAUUUUGUGGGGAAUGACCAAACAUAAUGUAUAAUUGAUAAAAUACCAUAUUAAACUUCAGAAAACAAAACCAUGAAGACUGCAAUCAUUUUGACUUUAGUAGCAUUGCUUGUUGUUGAAAACACCGAAGGGUGGGGAUUUGGAAGAAAAAUCUUGAAGUUUGGUGCAAAGGCUAGCAAAGCUGUGGCUAAAGCAGCGACAAGUCCGACUGGUAAAGCAAUAAUAAAAUCUGGAGUGAGUGCCGCAAUAGGCCUUGUCGGUGAUGUGCAAGCAAUUAGAGAAAUGGACGAGACUGAAAUUAAUCAAUUGUUUGAUGCAAUUCAAAUGAUCAGAGAAAUGGACGACGACGAAUUCCUCUACUUCGCAAAAGCUGCAAGCAUGGAAGAUUUUGAAUAACGAGUGUUAAAAUGGAGUAAAGACAAAAAUCUACAACUAUUUUUCUUAAUAUUCGAUUUAAUACUAAACUGCCAAAUAUUGCUUGUCUAAUCAUAUUUCAAAGAAAGAAACGGUCAAAACUUAUGUGAAAAUUAACAACAAUAAAUCAGUAUUUCUUUGAUCUUGCUA